UUAUACAACCGACUACAAUGUAGAACAAGAAAUAGCGCGACUUAUUUAUUAUAAGUUCAACGGAAAACCCACUAUAAAGUACUAUAGUAAUAAAAGUUGCAAGUGUUGGUUUAAGAGGAUUUAUUUAAUUGCGAGUAUGGCGCCAUCAAGUGUUCUAAUCACCGGAGCUAACAGAGGUGUCGGGAUAGAGUUUGUACGACAAUAUGCUCAGCUUCAACCACAGAGUCCACGACAUGUUUUCGCAGCUUGUAGAUCCCCAGACUCCGCUAAGGAUCUGAAAGAUUUACAGUCCAAGUUUAAGAAUAUCACCAUUGUAAAAAUAGAUUUAAACGAUGAAACGACAUUCAUUUCUGCUGCAAAAACUGUUGAAGAUAUCGUUGGAGACGCUGGUUUGAAUCUUUUGAUAAACAACGCUGGUGUUGCAAAUCGCUCGAGCCUUGAUACAGUAACCAGUGACGAUAUGACUAGUCUUUUUAAAAUUAACGCCGUGGGACCAUUGCUGCUGACAAAAGCAUUUCUUCAUUUACUACGAAAAGCUGCGAGUAAGGACGGACCAGUGUCUAGUGAUAAGGCGUGUGUUAUUAAUAUAAGUACCGUGGUGGCAUCUAUAACUGAAAAUGACACAGGAGGAGCUUACUCGUACAGAACUUCUAAGGCUGCCCUCAACAUGAUCACGAAAAACCUAAGCAUUGAUUUGAAGAAGGACGGCAUCCUGGCUGCUGCGAUACAUCCAGGUUGGAUAAAGACAGAUAUGGGUGGACCAAAGGCUACGACCGAGGCGUCAGAUUGUAUUAAAGCCCUCCUGAAGGUCAUCGAGUCUAUCAAUACUGAAGAAGCUGGUGGAAAACUAUAUCAUUAUAGUGGAAGAGUUAUGGCAUGGUGAAACAGUUUCAAAUCCAGACUUCUGACAUUUUUUGAAUAACUUAAUACGCUUGCUUGGGUGAUUUAAUCGUGAUGACUUGUUGAAAUAAUAACAAACUCUAAUUUCAACAUUUAACAUGCUUUGACAAUUGUAAUACGAAAUCAUGUUUCUAUUUCUGUGGACUUUCUAAAACGUAGAGUGGUUUAAGAUGCUUGGAAUAUUCAGCAUUUGAAAGUACGAUCAUUGCUGGACCAAGUUAAAAGUUCAUAAUAAAUAAUUUGAAAAUGAAAA